AUGCAGUCAAUUAAAUGUGUAAUAGUGGGCGAUGGUGCCGUUGGCAAGACCUCUUUAUUAAUAUCAUAUACAUCCAAUAAAUUUCCCGAAGAAUAUAUUCCUACUGUAUUUGAUAAUUAUACUGCAAAUUUGCUGGUUGAUGAUAAGCAAAUUACAUUAGGAUUAUGGGAUACAGCUGGACAAGAAGAUUACGAUCAACUUCGGCCAUUAUCCUAUCCUCAGACCAAUAUUUUCUUGAUUUGCUUCUCGGUUACUAAUCCAAUAUCGUUACAUAAUGCCUCGGAAAAAUGGCUACGAGAAAUUACUCAGCAUUGCCCUUCAGUACCAUUUAUAUUAGUGGGUACUAAGACGGAUGUACGGGAUGAAAUCAAUGAAGAGAGAAAGACGGAAAAGGAUUCAGUUGUAAUGACUCACAAAGGUCGUCGAAUAGCUAGCCAGAUCGGCGCAGUAGCGUAUUGUGAAUGUUCUGCAAAGACACGAAAAGGGCUAAGAGAGGUCUUUGAUGAAGCUAUUAAUGCCGUUUUGUAUCCACCCGAUCAAGAGACAAAGUUAAAUCGUAAAAGGAUUUGUACAAUAUUAUAA